AUGAACCGCAACAACAACAGCAGUGCCAUGGGCAAGAAUGGCAGCAACAACAACAACAACAACAACAACAACAACAACAACAACAACAAUAACAACAACAAUAACAAUAAUACCAAUAAUAUCAAUAACAGCAUUUGUCCUUUCCAGGUAAACUUGAAUAGAGGAACAAAUAACAACAAUACCAACGACAAAAACAGCUCAAACAACACACCCAAGGACAAGCAGGGCAAACGAGAUGUUACCGACAGCACGACACCGGCGUACCCAGAUUCCACCACUCUCCUCAACCGAUCCACAUCCAGCGCAAAGAUCCAACUUUCAGAUAUGCAACCUGUCGAGACCAAGGUUGUGGAGCGGAUCAAAAACCUCGAGAUAUCAAUUGAACAACACCGGGCCUCUCAUGACCAACUCGAACAAAUCACCCAGUCGCUUCAACAGGAACUGACCGCCGUCAAAGAGAAACACGAAGCAGUGGUUCAGGUCGCCGAUGCCAGGACUCGGGAACUCAAGAGUGCUAUGGAUGAGCUACAGGAAACCAGUCUUGCCAACAGCGGUCGGCUUCAAGAGCUUUGGGAGCUAGUCCGACAGUUGUCCGAGGACCUGGCAAGCAAGGAGGGGCAGCUGGUAGAGAUCCAGAACCGGAUCGAGGAUCUGAAGCAGAAUCGAGAGGAGAUCUUGCAGGACCGAGAAGAGACAGAGCGGGAGCCUCUUGAGAUUACUCAGAUGGAGAAGGCCAAGUUGCUGGUGGAAUAUGAAGAGAUCCAGGGGAUCGAGCAGUCUUGUGUUGAGAUCAUAGAGGAGCUUAAGAGAUCCUUUUCGCCAGAAGAGAUUGAGAAGAAGCGAGCCAAAGUCAUGGAGAACGAGGACAGGAUAGCCCAGCUUGAAAGCAUGACUGCCGAGAGCAAGACGUCCUUCAUGAUCGAUGAACGGAACGCCGAUGAACUGAUCCUUCAGUUUGAUAAGGUGUAUGAGCGCAGGAUCCGGUCGCACACUCAUGAAUUCGAAGGCCUGGAACACCAAGCCAUGGAACUUGAAAAACAACGCGAUCAGGAGGCGAACGCGGCACUGGAAGAGUACCUUCGUCUCAACCAACUCUCCGUCGAGGCAGAGGAAAGCGCCAGUCGGGAAGAAUUCAACCUGCUGGCGGAAAGGGAGAAGCUAGCCGAGCUGGAGUCAACGUUAGAAGCUUUGAAGUUGGAGCUCGUUCAACGCCGGGAAACGGCUACUGCCUGA